CCCUCAUAGACACACACUCAGAUACACACUUGUCCUCAUUUAGCAGCAGGCUUGCUCCCCUCUGUUGGAAUGAGUGCCUGAGGAUUAAGAAGCAGGGAGGCUGGACUAGAGGACCACAGGAUUGGGAUUGGAGGGCUCGGGCAGGACUGGAUUAUUGUUGGAGAAACCAGAUUGGACUGCAGAAAACAGGCUGUUUUCUACUGGGAUUGGUGACUCAGUUAGACUUGUGGACUCUAUGAAAAAACCUGGGGUGAGAAUGGAAGCUUGUUUUUAGCUGCACUGGGAGUACUGGGACCACUGAGACUGGUGGUGAAGCCACUCAGCAGCAGACAGACGCUUUCUCUGGUAUGAACCUCAGGAUUAUGACACAAAUGUUGCCUGAUGACCUCAGUCCAGAGGAGAGACAGGAGCUGGAAAGCAUCCGCCGCAGAAAACAAGUGCUACUGCAGGACAUACAAAGGCUGAAGGAUGAGAUAGCAGAGGUGACCAGCGAGAUUGACAACCUGGGCAUAACUGAAGAGAGGAAAAGUAUGCAGAGGAAUAAACAGAUGGCCAUGGGCCGAAAGAAGUUCAACAUGGACCCCAAGAAGGGGAUUCGCUUCUUGAUUGACAGCUCCCUGCUGAAAAACACCAGCCAUGACAUCGCCCAGUUUCUCUACAAGGGUGAGGGGCUUAAUAAAACCGCAAUCGGCGACUACCUGGGGGAGAGAGAUGACUUCAACAUUGAGGUUCUGCACGCUUUCCUGGAGUUACACGAGUUCACAGACUUGAACCUGGUUCAGGCUCUCAGGCAGUUCCUGUGGAGCUUCAGGCUGCCGGGUGAGGCUCAGAAGAUUGACCGCAUGAUGGAGGCGUUCGCCCUGCGAUACUGUCGCUGUAACCCCGGAGUGUUUCAGAGCACAGAUACCUGUUAUGUGUUGUCGUUUGCUGUGAUCAUGUUGAACACCAGCCUACACAACCCUAAUGUGAAGGACAAACCCUCCGUUCAGAGAUUCACAGCGAUGAACAGAGGCAUCAAUGAUGGAGGAGACCUGCCAGAGGAGCUACUCAGGAACCUGUACGACAGCAUCAAGAAUGAACCCUUUAAGAUCCCGGAGGAUGAUGGAAACGACCUCACACACACCUUCUUUAACCCCGACCGAGAAGGAUGGCUGCUGAAACUCGGAGGUGGACGAGUUAAGACCUGGAAGAGACGCUGGUUCAUUCUUACAGAUAACUGCCUCUACUACUUUGAAUACACAACUGAUAAAGAACCCAGAGGAAUUAUUCCACUGGAAAAUCUGAGUGUCAGAGAAGUCGAUGACUCCAAGAAACCGAACUGCUUCGAGCUCUUCAUCUCCGACCACAAAGAUCAGGUGAUCAAAGCAUGCAAGACGGAGGCAGACGGACGCGUCGUCGAGGGAAACCACACUUUUUACAGAAUCUCUGCCCCGACCGCAGAGGAGAAGGAUGAAUGGAUCAACAGCAUCAAAGCUGCCAUCAGCAAAGACCCGUUCUACGAGAUGCUGGCUGCUCGGAAGAAGAAGGUCUCCUCUCUGAAGGGGCUGUAGAGCUGCUGAGGAUCAAACGUUGAAAGUUUAGACUUAAUGCCGCUGACUGGAUGUGGACCUGAUCCUCCUGCUGCUGCAGUGACACGUGGACCUUACAGAGAGGAUUCAGCUUUAAAAGAAGCUGUUGUCACCUUUUUGAACUGGCGCACCUUCAGUAUCGACACCUCGUUCUCUACAGCUUUUGUUUAAAGUUUAAUUUCCCAUAUAGAGAUAAAAUCAGUCGAAAACCUUUUUUUUUAUUUUUUUUAUUUAUCCUCCUUUUGAACACUCUACUUCUGCAGUACUGUAUCGAUGCUGUGCUCUCUGGUUGGAAGUACCGCUCCACCUACAAUCUGCUGUAAUGUCUGAUUUCCCUCAGAGCCACCUCAUACAUACUCUCUGUUUGGUCUCAACAGGAGAUGUUUUCAGUCAGAAUGGAACUUACUGAUACAUGAAUUAAUUGAGUUCGCAUUUAAACACAAGGUGAGAAAAAGACACCUGCUGAUGUUUGAUAAAAGCCUUUCUUCACAUUGUGAAAGACACUUUCAUCUUCAUUUUGAUCAGUUGAGGUGUUUUUCAGACAUGGAUUAAACCCACAUUAAAACCGUUGAUGAAGAUAUCGGAUGGAAAACCAAUUUAGUCAUCUCGUCUGUGACGCUGGCCUUUGUUUAGUCAGAUUUGCCAUAAAAAGCGCCUUUCUAAGCCAGUUUUCUUACUGCUGUUGGUAUUUUGUCAAAGAACUGUUAAUAAAAAUGAAGGUCAUGCAUAAAUAGCUAAUUAUUUAUUUAUCCAGAUUUGUUGUAAUUUAUUGUUCGGAGUUUUGUGUCAUUAAAGGCUUGCAAACCGACAUUCAA